GCCUGCGUCCUGGGGUCCUCCGUCAUCUGUGUCGAUCUCCUGCUGCGGCGGGUCUCGCGCCGGAAGUUCCAGAUCGUCCAUAACAAUGCCUUCCUGUCGGCCUCACUCAGUCUGAGUGCCGGCGUCAUGGUACAUCCAUCCGCUGCCUGCCUUGCCAUCGGAUGAUCCGACUAACCUCUCCAGCUCUUCACCUCUCUCUAUAGCAUGCUCCCCACCUCCCAGAAAUACCUGAUCCUCGCCGGCCUGUCCCCCUCCGCCGCCGCAUACGUGCUGAUUGGGCUGUUCCUGGCCGGCGUGGUCGUGAUCCGACUGGCCUCGGCCCUUCUCCAUCGGUACAUCCCCUCCCACGUCGUCGACUGCGCCCACACCCAUGAGCCACACGCCGACGCAGACCAUGACGGCAAAUCGGAUCCCCAGCUACACUCCCAUGACGCAAACCUUGCAAGCGAGCGGACCCCCCUCCUGGCUCGUUUGAAGUCCUCCCCAGCGACCGUCACCCUCCCGCAUUCGCACAGCCCCCCCGCCCUGGUGCGUCAAGAUUCCCUCCGCAUCCGCCUCACUCGGGGCUUAAGCCGUCUGGUCGGCGGCGUCAAACCGCAUUGCGACGAGAAUGGUCCCUGUUUCGGGUUCUCCCAGGCAUGCGGCCACGAGUGCACCAAGACCCUGGCGGUCCCGGAAAUCUCUGUCGCGGGCGAGGAAACCGUGCGCCCGGCCCUGCCGCACCCCCACAGCGUCUGCGUGCAGGUCGACUCCGCGGCCCCCGAGGACCUGGAGGCCGGCCUUCCUCCUUCCCAUCGGCAUAAUCAUCAUAAUCAUCAUCAUCAUCAUCAUCAUCCUCACCACGAGGCGAGCUCUUCCUCGUCGCACACCGGGCUCCUUGACGAUGACGACGAGCAGCUGCUCUCCCCGGAAGACGCCACCAAGACCAACCCUCAACACCACCACCACGUGCCCCAGAACGCCUUCCUGUCAAUCGGUCUGCAGACCUCCCUGGCCAUCGCCCUGCACAAACUCCCCGAGGGCUUCAUUACCUACGCCACCAACCACGCCAGCCCCACCCUCGGCCUGACCGUCUUCCUAGCCCUCUUCAUCCACAAUAUCAGCGAGGGCUUCGCCAUGGCACUCCCCCUCUACCUGGCACUGCACUCGCGCGGCUGGGCCAUGUUCUGGUCCAGUCUCCUCGGAGGCAUCAGCCAACCCGCCGGGGCCGCGCUGGCCGCGCUCUGGAUCUGGGGCGCCGGGCAUACCAACGGCGACGACGCCUCCGGCCCCUCGUGGGGCGUCUACGGGGGCAUGUUCGCCGCCACCGCCGGCGUCAUGACCUCCGUCGCCAUGCAGCUGUUCAGCGAGGGUCUCACCCUGACGCACCAUCGCGGCAUGUGCACCGGCUUCGCCAUCGGGGGGAUGGUCCUGAUGGGGUUGAGCUUUGCGCUGACCGCAUAAUUGGGCGUUGCGUUGCGUUGCGUUUCUUAUACUUCAUAUAUAAACAAACAGCAGCAUUACUUCUCUCCCCCCCUCCGCCCUUUUUUUUAGACCGAAUCGAGUAGCAUUCUCGGAGUUGGGUUACGAAUUUCAUGAGUAACGAUGCCUUUUUUUUUCGCUGUGGUAUACAUACUAUUGUUUGCGUGCGUACGGUGGUUUGUUACAUUUCAUGGCUGUUGCGUUUGUUUGUCUGCAUUAUAGUAAACAGUUCAGUUGAAAUGAACGAACAGCAUGGAGGUUUCAAUUGCUAUUCAAUCAACAGUUUUGCUUUCUAGAUAA